UUAACAUGACAGUGAAAAUGUCAAAAAGAAAGUAUGAUAAUAUUUUUUCUGGUCGUUUUAAUAUCAUUAAAUUUCGGUAGCACUUUAAUUUGGCCUGAAAAUAAUAAAAACAGCACAAUAUUCGAUAUGAGUUUAUCCUGUUUAAACAAAUCGCAAAAACACUUUUUCUUGCCGUACAAUAUGGGAAUAUCCGACUCGGUAACCGUUCUCGUCUCAAAUAAGCAUCGUUCGAGGAAUUGUUCCUUUUUAUUUCACCACGAUUCGCUGGAACUUGAUAUCACGAAGAUUAUUGUGUUUGAACAUUUCGGAAAAAAUAGAUUUUGUAACGGAAGUAACAUUUAUUUAAUAGAAAAUGGGUUUAUUAGUUUAAACUUUUGUUCAUCAAACAAGUUAAAAUCGCCAAAUUUAAACGAUUCCUUUGUAUUUCUGAGUCAAAAAUUGUUAAGGAUAGAUGUUUUGGAUGAAAAACAGAAAGAUUCAGUUGAAAUUAUGAAAAUCACAGGAACUGCAAUACGAAAACUCGAAAAAGAUUCAUUUUGCAACGAAACCGAAACUGUUUGCAUUAAUUUUUCCAAUUAUCCAACUUGUAUAAACAAACAAUUAAUGUGUGAUGGAAUCAUAAAUUGCGGCAAAAAAGGAUUCUACGACGAAGAUAAUCAAAAAUGUUAUCAAAGUUCUCUCAAAACGGAAUUGAACGAUAUAAUCUUAUUAACGAUAGCGAUUACAAUUUUUGUUAUUCUCUUUUUAGUGCAUAACAUUAAAAAAUCUGUACCUUUCCUUUUAAAAAUUCUAAAAACGAAGCGGAAACGCAGAAAAGAUACGAUGGUGUUCGCGCCACAUCGAUCACCCGCCAUGAAAACUUAUAUUCCGGUGAAAGCGGUCGAUACGUUGCAUUUUCGGGUUGUUUCAGCACAAUCUAUGAAAUAUACUUAAUAAAAAAAAUAUUUAUAUCAA